AUGGCGCUGGGUGCAGGCGAGUCCUUUGGUGCAUCUGGUGAGCCGCAGGAGGGUCGCCAGUCGCGAGCAGGAAGUCUGGAGAUCCCCACCUCGGGGCCUGGCUUCCCGAACGGCCUGCUGCUCCAUGACGCCGCGCUGGCCCGAAGCCGGCUGCGCGGGCGGGCGGAGGAUGCGCUCUUCGCCGAAGACCCCAGCCUGAUCCAAAAGCUCCGCCGUGGUCUGAGUUUCGUAGAGAUCGACUCGCGGGUGGAUUUGGUGCGUCGGGGCUUGCCGAAGUUCUUCGACCUCGAGGCGGCGCCCCUGGAGGAGGGCUGCAACUCGAGCAAGUCGAAGAUGGCGCAGUCUGUGGCCAAAUCUUUGAGUGACAGCAUUCAAGGCAUCUCCGAGGGCCGCCGUAUCUCGCUGACCCGGUUGGAGAAGGCCAACGGCGAAAAUGCCCAGGUCUCCUACCAUACUGCCACGGGACAAUGGGUGGUUUGUUCCAAGAACGUGUCCAUCCUGGCCGGGACCUCUGCGGAGCUGGAGCUGCCGCACUGGGCGGACCGAAGGUACCGCUUCGCCCGCCAGAUCGGGCAGCUGUGGUUCGCCCAGCUCCAGUCCUUGGAACCGGCGGCUGGUUCGAGGCUGCGGGAGGCUCUAGGCAGCGGCACGCUGGUGGGGGAGAUGAUUGGAGGCAGUGGGGCUCACCUCAUCGACUACGGACCCGAGAAGAGGCUGCGAUGGUUUGCUUUGGUGCCACACGAUGGCGUUGAGCCCUGCUGGGCGCCGGCAGCGUGCCGGGCCUUUCUGGCGGAUGUAGGCUUGCCCGGCGUUGCGGGCAAAGUGCUGGGCCCUACAGAAGGCUUCGCCAAUGCCCGCGAUGUGAUGGAGACCCUGCAGUUUGAAGCGACCUGCACGGAGAAAGCGCCGAUGGCGGAAGCGGGCGAGGGUUACGUUGUUUACCUGACGGCCCAUUCGGACAUCGGCAGCUCCGUGGUUUGGUUGGGCAAGCUCAAGACCGCGGAGUAUCGCCUGCUGCGGCGCAUGCGGGAGAGGGCCAAGCACUUCGCACGCAGCGGGGGGUGCGUGCUGGUGGAGGACGUGCUGGACUCCUACCGCCGCGAGGCACUGGCCGUCGGGGAGCCGCUGGCCACGGAGAAGGUUCGUACCCUGGAGAAGCUGUGCAGCUUGAUCUAUGCUGAAGACAUCCCGCCUGAAGGGGUCGAUGAGAAUUUCCUGCACUUGGCUCAACGUGCAGAUGCCUACGACGGCAAGUACACCCCCCGAAAGCCGGCGCCGGCGGUGUGCGUCGUGGCCCCGCCCUUCGCUGCUGCCCCGGAGCUUCUGCAAAGCCUGCAGCAGCUGCUUAAGAUGAAAGCUCAGAGCAUGCCAGGCAGCCUGCCCAGCCUCGACACCGGCAAUUUGACCAGCGCAUGGCAGGAUUCCACCGCCGCGAAGCCCCGGAUUUUUCUGAAUCACGUGCCCUACUGCCUGGAGAGGUUGCUGUUUCCCGGCGGUGCAGGCGCUUCGGGUUCGGGCGCGGCGGAACCUGCAGCGAAGCGAAGGCGUUUGGCCAGAGAAGCCGUGGACGAACGCCGGGGUCACGGCGUGCAGCGUAUCGCCAGCUCCUACAGCCGUCGGUGCCUUUUCAUUUUCUGCGGCUGGGGUGAGCCGAUGGCGAAGACUCAGCCGCUGACCCGCUGGGAGAGGAAGCUGCGGGAACCCGCCUCGGGGGCCUUUCUGAAGAAGCUUCAGGCCCAGGCCGUGCGGCUGCACGCGCGGGUGCCUGGCUCCCUGUGGCUCAGCUCCAGCGGCUUCAGCUCCGCGGCCAUCGAAGGCGCCUGGGCGCGGGCGCAGCAACCGGAGCAGCUGCCCACCGUGGUAGCGGUGAUCCCCUUGGCCGUGCCAGGCAUGGGCAAGAGCUCGUUGCUGGAGGCAUUAUUCCGACGUUGCCAGGAAGCUUCCGACAAGUGUUUUCGACAGGGACUUCCUGUACACAGGGCUGAAGCUGCCACCAGCCCAACAACAAGCACACUGGCCUCAGCAGCGAUCGUCUCUAGCGACGCCUUCACCGGAGUCGAGCUGAAGCUUUUGGGCAGCGCAUCCUCAGAGGAUGUGGCCAGCUGCCGCCGGCGCGCGCAGGUGAAGUACCGCCGCGCCAUCGACGACUUCUUGGCACAGGCGGCGGCAGGAGUGGCCGGACCUCCACAUCUGCUGCUGUUGGACAAGAACCACCCGCCGGCCAGCCUCACCAAAGAGGUGGAGGCCCUGAGCUCCGCGUGCCGCAGCCUUGGCUGCCAGCUGCAGCCCAAGGUCCUUUACCUCGAUGCGAAGGACGAGGUGCGGAGGUCGCAGAUGGAAACCGAGCUUCUGCAGGAGGAGGACAAGCACUUCGGGGCCUGGGACUACCCCUGGAGCCCUGACGUGAUCACCGAGUGCGCGGCCCGGCUGCUGCUGCGCUCCUCGCACGACACCUUGGCCGCAGGGGAUAUGUCUUUGUCGGUGCUCCUGAGCUUUGUGCAGCUCCACAAGGGCUUUUCCUUGGACAAAGCGGGGCCGGUGGUGAAGGUGCCCUUCCUUUGCACCGGCGCCCUUGCUUCCUGGCGGCCAGUUGACGACGAGGUCAGCUGGCGGCGCCUGGAGAUCCGAGCCCUGCUGCGACAGGUAUUGCAGCAGCUCAAGCCUUUCCGUGACCACAAGCUUCAGCCGCUGCUUGUUGCUUUGGCAUCGCACCUGAGUCCUUUGCAGCUUCCUGACGAGGAGGCGCAGCUGCAGCACCUCAAGAGUUGCGCGGACGGCGCCUGGCGCGAACUCCUCCAGGUGGAGGAGGCCAAGCCUUGGGCACCCAGAGCCUGCGCUACAUUGCCCUGGAUGUGGAAGCACACCAUGAAGCACUGGACGGUUUGCUCUCCAAGCUGUCCCUCGCGAUGUGUGCAGUCACGGACACCUGCGAUGGGGACAUUUUCCCAGCGCCCUUCUUCCAACGCCCGGAGUCCCUGCAUGUCACCACCUGCUACCUGGGCACUGACACCCAGCGGGAGGUGGUGA